AUGAUGGAUAACACCGAAGUGCUUGACUUCAGCCUACGAAAGAGCAUCGACAACCUCGUCAAGGACCAGCAGCAGCAGCAGCAGCAGCAGCAGCAGCAGCAGGAGCAACAGCUCCAACCGCCUCAGCAACCACAGCAGCGUAUCGGCAAGCGGCUACAACGCAUGCGACCCGCUGACGAGAAACUGAGGGCGAUCGAGCGGAUACGCUCCGGGGAGAGCAAAGCGUCGGUCGCGCGAGACAUCAACGUACCCGAGUCGACGAUAAGGGGCUGGUGCAAGUCCGAGACCGCUAUAAGACGCUGCCUGCAAAUGAAGUCGCCGUACGAUAGUGAGGCUUACUCACCAGCAUCCAGUAAUGGUUCGGUCACCGAGACCACCAGUCACGUUGUCGACAUGCCUGGUCUGGUGGGAAACUCGAGCGACGAGGAGAACAACCCUCAACGAGAGCAGAGAAAGUCCGCGAAGAAGCAAAAGCUCGAGGCUGGCCGCGCCGAUGCAACCCACGCAGCACCGAACGCCGUGUUCCAAGAGCACCUGCACAACAUGACCAGCAGCGACCCAAAGACCUCCUCGGAAUUGCUAUGGAACUGGUUGAUGUUCAACCAGCGGCUCCUUAAUCAGCAGCUCAUGCCGCUGAUGCCGAGCGGCCAAAUGACCGAUUACAAGGAUACGGGGGCGGCUGCCGCGGCCAUGGCUGCGGCCGUGACGGCUGCAGGAGCGACAGCUCCGGGAACGGGAACGGGAGCGGGAGCGGCGGGGGUGGGGAUGCCGUUACCGAUGCCGCUGAUCGAGCAGGGUCCCGAUUCCGAGAAACCGAGGACGGCGGACGAGGCGAUCGCGCACGGUGAGAAGUUCCUAAAGUGGCUCGAGGACUGCAACGAUCCAUCGGUCACCAGAUUCAAGGUCAUGCAGCUUAAGCAGCUACUCAGUAAUCUGAAGGCAUCGCGAAAAUAA